UGGCAUGUUUGGUUGCAUGCUCGUCGUCGUCGUUGUCGUCGGGUCGCCGUCUCAACGCGUUUGACUUUGUUUAAGAGGCGCGCAGUUUCAACAUCGUACAGACUCUGUCGAUGUUUCUAUAUAUGCGUGUGCGUGCAGUUAAAACAAUUUAAAAUAUAUAAUUCUUAUAUGCAAAAAAGAAAGAGAUACGAAAUCAAAUAAAGUGUUCACAUUCUAAUGAAAAGAAAAACAACAACACAACACAAUAAGAAAGUUAAAGCUCAAAAGUGAAAGAAAAUAAGAAAAAAACGUGUUGAGCAAAAUUUAAAUCAGUGCAAAAUUCAAAUGCUAAAAAUUGAAAAUUAGACAGACGAACAAAUGUGCAAAACAUAAACAACAAGAACUGGAACAACAACGAAUCAAAAGCUAAAAGCAAAAGUGACUGUGAAUAAUGUUGAGAGCGCCCACACAGCACAUUGUGGAACUUGGUUUCGGAAAGACGCCAACAGUGACUGCGGCAGCGACAGCGACAGCGGCAGCGAACGACAGCAGCACAAGCGAAAAGCAACAACGCAAAAGUUUACUGCAAAAGCUCAAGCAACAGCAGCGCAAGCUACAAAGGCCAGUAACAACAGCAACAGCGUCGACGCCAACAGUGACUGCGAAGCAGACGGAGACGGAAGCGCAGGAGACAAAUCAAAAGAGAGCAGCGAUAGUGGCAGCUGAUUAUUAUUUUAAGCAACAGCAGCAGACAAGCGAAAAGUGUUUGCUAUUGCUGGCAACAACAAUUAACGAAGAGCAGCAGCAGCAGCAACAGCAAAAGAAGAAGAAGAAAGAGCACACUAGCUACAGCUUUGCGGCAGCGCUGCGACGCCAAAAGAAGCCAAAAACAAUAACAGUGACAGCAGCAGCAGCAGCGACUGUGACUGUGACUGCAAUUGAAGCAUCGACAGCGACAGCAAUAACAACAGACGACGAGUGCAGCAGCAAUCAGAGCUGUCGCAGCAGCAUUAAUAGUAAUAAUAAAAACAACAACAGUUUGUCUAAUAGUUGCAUUAACAACAAUAACAACAACAACAACACCACUCAUUAUAAAAACAGUAAAAACAGCAGCAACAGCAGCAGCAACAACAACUACAUCAAUAAUUACAAUUUCAAAACAAGCGAGCAACAAGCGUGGAAAACAACAACAACAACAACUACAGCAACUGCACAACAACAGCUGCUCAUUAAUCGACACAGCAGCAACAGUCGACGCAAUAAGUGUAACCGAAGCGGCAACAGCAUCCACAACAACAGCCACAACAGCAUCCACAACAUGUCACCCACAUCACAGGCGCCAACACGCACAUCGCUCUUUGAUUCCUGCCAUCGCAAGAUUCGUCUAAUUGGCGGCGGUCCAGUUGCCUUCUUGGGCGGUUUAGUGGCAAAAGCGCGUCGCAAAGAGCGCGAUGGCGAUCAAAAUUCAACAGAUACCAAAUUGUAUUUGGAGGAAAGCGUCCUAGAACGUAAACUACCUGAAGCUGAUCUCAAAGCCCUUGUCGAUCUUCCAGCUGGCUUGGACUACAACGAAUGGCUGGCCUCACACACUCUGGCUCUCUUUGAGCAUGUGAACUUGGUCUAUGGAACUAUUAGUGAAUUUUGUACACAAUCCGGUUGCGCAGACAUGACCGGACCAGGCAACAGAACGUACUUAUGGUUCGAUGAGAAGGGCAAGAAGACGCGGGUUGCGGCGCCGCAGUAUAUUGACUAUGUGAUGACCUUCACACAGAAGACGGUCAGCGAUGAGUCGAUAUUUCCAACCAAAUACGCGAACGAAUUCCCCGGAUCGUUCGAGUCGAUAGCCCGCAAAAUUUUACGCUUGCAAUUUCAUGUGAUAGCGCAUCUGUAUGCGGCGCAUUUCAAAGAAAUCGCGCUGCUCGGCUUGCACACCCAUUUAAAUUUGACGUUCAUGCACCUCACGGCCUUGCAUCGCCGCUUCAAUCUGAUUGACGAGAAGGAGACGGACGUGCUGCGCGAUCUGGAGGUGGCGUUGCGUCUCACCGACGACAACAGCGGUCAGGAUGCAGGCACACAAGCAACCGCAGCAACUGCAACAGAUGAGCAACAUCAUCAGCAGCAGCAGCACAACAACAGCAGCAGCAGCACUAAUAGCCACAGCAACAACAGCCACAGCAACUCAUCCGCCGAGGCGGCGCUGCACGUCAAUUCACAACAACAUCAACAGCAGCCACAGAGCAACAACACAACAACAGCAACAGCUGGAGCAGGAACAUCGCUAAUUGAUGGCGAUGCGGCUGCGACGCCAAUUUGUACGCAACCCGAGGCUGGAGCAGCGGGUAAACCGCCGCUGGGCAGCGGUGGAUUGCUUGGCGGGAUACUGGGUGACUUGACCAGCGGUGAAUUUGGUGAUACAACACGGUACUGCACCUCGGCGGUUCCUUUGUCGGCGCCCAGCAGCGAUGCAGCGACAGCAAACGGUGGCGGUGCAUUACAUUUACAUUUUAGCAACAAUAACAGCAACAAUCACAAUUUGAAUCAUCACCAUCACCAUCAUCCACAUCACCAUCACCACCACCAUCAUCAUCAGCAGCAUCUGCAGGCAGCGGCAACAACGCAGCACAGCGGCCUCAUCCAAUGCAAUGCAUCGCCAGGCGUCGUCAAUACCAACAACACCAACAGCAGCAGCACUAGCAACAAUAGCAGCAGCAGCAACACGACAGCAACCACAUAGUGUGACCGCGGCAUCAGCAGCAGCAGCAACAACCACAACAACCAACAACAACAACAAAACAAAAACAAAAGAACAUUAGAAAUAUUAGAAUUACGCAAAAAUGUUAUUUAAUGUUAUUACUUCUAUGAUCCUAAAGUUGAAAAUAUUGUAAAAAUAAACAACAAAAAAAUACACAAAAAAAAAACAA